CUGUCAUCACUGCACUUUGCCCCAGUCUCAGUCCUCUAGCAUAGUUUUAUUUAUUUCCGGGGAUCACAUCGGGAUACAACCCGACUGGAAAAUGUCUCGGGCUGCGGAAAGACUCAGACUGCUGAUCAAUCAUCUCGAUCGAUCACCCGCUGAUAUCAGAGCUGCACCAACUUCUGCUCAAACCUUCGCCGUCAGUCACCCACAGAGACUGAGAUACACCUUUGAUACCGACCUGCUGACCCCAGAACAGCGACUCUCCUAUGAGGAAAAUGGCUUCCUCCUCAUCAAGAAUCUGGUGUCUGAUGAGGACAUAAAUGGUUUCAGGACGGAGUUUGAACGGAUCUGUCGACAGGAAGUGAAGGUUCCCGGUCUGGUGGUGAUGAGGGACUUAGCAAUCGCUAAGUCAGAGUUUGUUCCAGAUCAAAAAGCCGUCUCCAAACUCCAGGACUUCCAGGAAGAUCCUAAACUGUUCCGGUACUGCACCUUACCACAGAUUUUGAAGUACAUAGAGUGUUUCACUGGACCCAACAUCAUGGCCAUGCACACAAUGCUGAUUAACAAACCUCCUGACGCAGGUAAGAAGACGUCUCGUCACCCGAUGCAUCAGGAUCUGCAUUACUUCCCGUUCCGCCCAGCAGACAGGAUCGUCUGCUCUUGGACGGCAAUGGAGAAGGUGAACAGGCAGAACGGCUGCCUGGUCGUCCUGCCGGGAACACACACCAGCACACUGCAGGAGCACGACUACCCCGAGUGGGAGGGUGGCGUAAACAAGAUGUACCAUGGAGUGCGUGGCUACGACCCACAGCACCCCAGGGUGCACCUGGAGAUGGAGAAGGGCGACACCGUUUUCUUCCAUCCGCUGCUGAUCCAUGGCUCUGGAAUGAACCAGACGCAGGGCUUCCGCAAGGCCAUCUCCUGCCACUAUGCCAGCGCUGACUGUUAUUACAUCGAUGUGAAGGGAACCACGCAGGAAAACAUAGAGAAUGAAGUGAAGGAGAUCGCAGCCAGGAAGUACGCUGUAGGCGACGAAAUUACCUUCCAGGAUACCUGGGCUUUCCGAGGCCGCCUGGUGCAAGGAGAGAGGAUUUCACUAUAAAGACACCACAGACGUGCCACGAUAAAAUAAAAAAAAACGCCACGUGAUUGCAGGGUGACCAACCAGUGAGCUGAAAUUAGAACAGAUUAAUAUGGUGAUUGGAUAAGAAGCAACAGGGCAUGUUCACACUGGCACAGAAAGUGUUGUCGUAUCAUGCAAUUCCUAAUCGUAAUGGAAGAAUGUAAUUCUUAGAUUACUUAGUUUAUUUAAUUGAGGCUUUAGAGUUUGUGCUCAUUCUAACAUUUUUGAAAUGUAAUCUAGAGCAUGUUGUUCUAACAGAGAACAUAAAAUACUGUUUAAACAGAAAAUGUUAGUUACCUCAUAAGCAAAUCGCUACACAGUCCUUAAAUAAUAAAGCUGACAUUCAGUACACUUCCUGCCACUUGCUUUACAGCAUUUCACAGCACAAAAUUGAAAUGCAGUUGUCAGUGAGGUAGAGCGAGGUUGAGAGAGAGAUAAAAGUAGAGUGAGAGAGAGAAUACUAACAGCUACACUGAAGCUCUUAUUAAUUAACACUAACAGAGGCCUUGACCUUAUACUGCCUUAUAAAUGUGUUCAUUUUCUUGUGUCUGUUGAUGAAUGAAUGGAUGUUUGUUUUUGUUUUCUAGAAUCUUGCUGUGAUAAAUGUAAUGUUUUAAUAACAUUAGUAAUUAAAAAAAUGCUAUUAUAA